CGGAAGGAACAAUGGAGGACGUUUCUUCCUUGUAAUAAAGGACCCUUUUUCUUUCCUUCUCCUGUCAGACAGUGUCAGAUCCAUCCAGGUCCAGGGACGAGGGGACGGACCUCUUUUCUUUAAUAACAAAGAGAUUGAAACAAUGGAUAAUUCAAGUGAAGUUAUAGACACGGUCAGUGGUAAUGGAGGAGGAGACUCAAGAAAUGACGCCGCAGCUUCAACUUCGUCCGCUGCUUCUUCUCCGAGAGCAAUAACUUCUGGGUAUCGAUUGUUUGAUCGCCAAGACUCGCUUCACCAGCUUAUGGGUGCUGGCAAAGCUGCUGAUGUACUACUUUGGAAGUGGUGGCAUGUUUCUUUUGGUGUCAUUAUGGUUGCAACUGUAUCAUGGUUCAUAUUUGAGCGGUCUGGAUUGCCAUUCUUAACAAUUUGUUCUGAUGUGUUGCUGAUCUUGAUUGUACUGCUGUUUGUCUGUGCCAACAUAGCUGAUAUGAUAAACAAACAGCUUCAAUCGUUACCAGAGUUAGUUUUGUCAGAGGAAAUGGUUAACAGUGCUGCAGCAUCAUUUCGUGUGAAAAUUAAUAAUGUUCUUCUUAUGGCUCAUGACAUUACUCUCGGCAAAGAUUUUAGACUCUUUUUCAAGGUGGUGGUCUUUCUCUGGCUCCUGUCUACUGUUGGUAGCUACUUCUCUUUCUUCACUCUGGCUUAUAUAGGAACAAUCUUAUCCAUUACAAUCCCUGCCUUGUAUAGCCGAUAUGAAGAACGUGUGGAUAGAUGUUGUGGGAUAAUCCAUAGAAAAUUAUCACAUCACUAUAAGAUAGUGGAUGAGAGUGUUAUUAGUAGAAUCCCGCAGAGUUUAUCCAAGGACAAAGAUUCAUGAGUCUGAUGUACAUAUAGGUUACCGUUGAGCCUGCUUUACAGUUCAGAAGCUCAAACUCUGCCAAAACUCAAUGAUUUUGGUUACACCAUUAUGUUUUUAGAGCUUUUUCUUCUAUCAAUUAUGCACAUGAUCUUCUAGUUGUAUUUGUUCCAAGUCUGAGACAGGUGCAGCAUGCUGGAACACCGAAUAAAUGAUUUCAAGGAAUGUUCAAGUUUCAAUGCUAA